AUGUUUGGGCUGGACCAGUUCGAGCCCCAGAUCAACAGCCGGCACGCUGGCCAGGGUGAGGGGAACUUUAACGAAGCCGGACUGAGCAUGAACGCCCACUUUAAGGCUCCUUCUUUCCACACCGGGCCCCCUCCUGGCCCUGUGGACCCUGCCAUAAGCGCUCUGGGUGAACCCCCUAUCUUGGGGUUGAACAUGGAACCCUACGGCUUUCACGCGCGCGGCCACUCCGAGCUGCACGCAGGGGGGCUGCAGGCGCAGCCUGUGCACGGCUUCUUCGGUGGUCAGCAGCCUCACCACAGCCACCCCGGAGGCCACCAACCCCACCAGCAUCACCCCCACUUCGGGGGCAACUUCGGUGGUCCGGACCCAGGUGCCUCGUGUCUGCACGGGGGCCGACUUCUUGGCUACGGAGGUGCAGCGAGCGGCCUGGGCAGCCAGCCGCCCUUCGCAGAGAGUUAUGAGCACAUGGCGGAGAGCCAGGGGCCGGAGGGCUUCGGCCCGCAGCGGCCAGGAAACCUCCCGGACUUCCACAGUUCGGGCACUUCGGGCCACGCCGUGCCCGCUCCGUGCCUGCCGCUGGACCAGAGUCCUAACCGGGCUGCUUCUUUCCACGGCCUGCCGGCCUCCAGCGGCUCGGAUUCUCACAGUCUGGAGCCCCGGAGGGUGACGAACCAAGGAGCUGUAGAUUCGCUGGAAUACAAUUACCCGGGCGAGCCGCCCUCAGGACAUUUUGACAUGUUUUCGCCCUCCGACUCCGAAGGACAGCUGCCACAUUAUGCGGCGAGUCGCCAGGUUCCCGGGGGCGCUUUCCCGGGUGCUUCGGCCAUGCCCAGAGCCGCAGGCAUGGUAGGUUUGUCCAAAAUGCAUGGCCAGCCACCGCAGCCGCCACAACAACAGCAGCAACCUCAGCACGGAGUGUUCUUCGAGAGGUUUGGCGGGGCCCGAAAGAUGCCUGUGAGUCUGGAGCCUGCAGUGGGCUCCCGGCACCCAUUAAUGCAGCCUCCCCAGCAGGCCCCACCAUCCUCGCAGCAGCAGCCCCCUCAGCAGCAGCCGCCACCACCAGGGCUUCUGGUCCGACAGAAUUCUUGCCCUCCUGCUCUCCCGCGGCCCCAGCAGGGUGAGGCUGGCACACCCAGCGGCAGCCUGCAGGACGGGGGCCCCAUUCUGCCCAGCCAGCACGCGCAGUUCGAGUACCCCAUCCACCGGCUAGAGAACCGGAGCAUGCACCCAUAUUCUGAGACUGUUUUCAGCAUGCAGCAUCCCCCCCCUCAGCAGGCGCCCAACCAGAGGCUGCAGCAUUUCGAUGCGCCCCCCUACAUGAACGUGGCCAAGAGGCCUCGCUUUGACUUCCCGGGCAGCGCAGGCGUGGACCGUUGCACUUCGUGGAAUGGUAGCAUACAUAACGGCGCCCUGGACAACCAACUUUCUCCCUCUGCCUACCCAGGCCUCCCAGGCGAGUUCACACCGCCUGUGCCGGACAGCUUCCCCUCGGGACCGCCCUUGCAACACCCGGGUCCGGAACACCAGUCUCUGCAGCAGCAGCAGCAGCAGCAUCAGCAGCAGCAACAACAGCAGCAGCAGCAACAACAGCAGCAGCAGCAGCAACAACAACAACAACAACAACAACGCCAGAAUGCGGCCCUCAUAAUUAAACAGAUGGCGUCUCGGAACCAGCAGCAACGGUUGCGACAGCCCAACCUGGCUCAGUUGGGUCAUCCUGGGGACGUGGGCCCAGGCGGCCUGGUCCAUGGAGGUUCGAUGAGCGGCUUGGCUCAGACGAACUUUGAACGAGAAGGCAGCAGCGCAGGUGCGGGGCGCCUGGGCGGCUUCGAGCAGCAGGCGUCCCACCUGGCACAAGAGAGUGCAUGGUUCCCCGGUCCACACCCGCCGGGAGACCUGCUGCCCCGGAGGAUGGGCGGUGCGGGGUUGCCGGCAGACUGCGGCCCGCACGACCCUGGCCUAGCGCCUCCCCCUGCUCCCGGUGGCUCAGGGGUGCUAUUUCGAGGCUCUCUGCAGGAGCCUCUGAGGAUGCCGGGGGAAGGCCACGUGCCCGCUUUGGCUUCGCCUGGGCUGCAGUUUGGGGGCAGCUUGGCUAGUUUAGGCCAGUUGCAGUCGCCUGGGGCUGGUGUGGGACUGCCCAAUGCUCCGUCUGAGCGGCGGCCCCCGCCUCCAGAUUUUCCUGCGCCAGCUCUCGGGGGCCAGCCCGGCUUUCCUUUUGGCUCAGGGAGCCGGCAGGCCACCCCGCACAGCGCUCCAGGCGUGAACUCGCCCCCGAGUGCGGGCGCGGGUAGCGGCAGCUCGGGCUCUGGCGGGGGAGCUUACCCGCCGCAGCCGGAUUUCCAGCCCAGCCAGCGCAACUCGGCCAGUAAACUGGGCGCGCUGUCGUUGGGGUCCUUCAACAAACCCAGCUCCAAGGACAACCUGUUCGGCCAGAGCUGCCUGGCUGCACUCUCCACCGCUUGCCAGAACAUGAUCGCCAGCCUGGGUGCUCCCAAUCUCAACGUGACUUUCAACAAGAAGAACCCACCCGAAGGGAAAAGGAAACUGAGCCAGAACGAGCCCGACAGCGCGGCCGCAGCCGGCAACCCGGGCUCGGAUUACUUCCCUGGAGGGACUACUGGGGCCCCUGGACCCGGAGGCCCUUCCGGGGCUGGUAGUGGCGGCUCCAAAUCCUCAGGACCGCCCAACCCACCCAUCCAGGGUGAUGGCACCAAUCUCUCCCCCAACUAUACCCUGGAAUCAACAUCGGGGAACGAUGGCAAGCCUGGACCCGGGGGCGGUGGCCGGGGAAGGGGACGCAGAAAAAGGGACAGUGGUCACGUGAGCCCUGGGACCUUCUUUGACAAGUACUCUGCAGCUCCUGAUAGUGGAGGAGCACCAGGGGUGAGCCCCGGGCAACAGCAGGCUCCUAGCUCAGCUGCUGCGGGAAGCUCUGUGAACGAGGCCCGCGGGCCCACGCCCCACGAGAAGGCCCUCACGUCACCGUCGUGGGGAAAGGGAGCCGAGUUGCUCCUUGGGGACCAGCCGGACCUCAUGGUGUCCCUGGACAGCACAGCCAAAUCGGAUGGUAGUUCCCCGCACGUGGGUGAGUUCGCCUCUGAUGAGGUGAGCACAAGUUAUGCGAACGAGGACGAAGUGUCCUCCAGUUCUGACAACACUACAGUCCUGGCCAAAGCCAGCAGAAGCCCCCUGGUGACCAGCUCACCCAAACUUCCUCCUCGAGGGGUGGGUGCUGGGGAACAUGCACCGAAGGCUCCCGCGCUGGGCCUGAGUAUCCUGUCUACCUCUACCUCGACCCCUGACAGCUAUGGUGGGGGCGUGGGCACCGGCCAUCCUGGCACUCCAGGUCUGGAGCAGGUCAGGACCCCAACUAGCAGCAGCAGCAGCAGCGGUGCACCGCCGCCGGAUGAGAUCCAUCCCCUGGAGAUUCUCCAGGCCCAGAUCCAGCUGCAGAGACAGCAGUUCAGCAUCUCGGAGGACCAGCCCCUGGGGCUCAAGGGUGGCAAGAAGGCUGAGUGUGCUGUAGGGGCCUCAGGAGCACAGAAUGGCGAUAGCGAACUGGGCAGCUGCUGUUCCGAGGCCGUCAAGAGUGCCAUGAGCACCAUCGACCUGGACUCUCUGAUGGCAGAGCACAGCACCACCUGGUACAUGCCGCCUGACAAGGCCUUGGUGGAUGGUGGAGAUGAAGACAAGACGCUGGCACCCUGGGAGAAGGCCAAGCCCCAGAACCCCAACAACAAAGAAGCCCAUGACCUCCCCACCAACAAGGCCUCAGCCACCCAGCCUGGCAGCCACCUGCAGUGCCUGACUGUCCACUGCACAGAUGGUGACCCCAAGGCCCGCACCUCUGUACCCACCUGGCGGUCUCUGCACUCCGACAUCUCCAACCGAUUCGGGACAUUUGUGGCUGCCCUGACCUGA